AUGGAGACUUCCCCUCUCUCUCCAGGGCGGCAGGGACGAUCGUCUACCUACGGGGAGAGGUCGGACAGUCGCUCCGGAAGGCGGGGAGGCACGAGCACAUACCGGUCGCGGUCACGCGACGGCGACCGUGGACGCCACCGUAGCGGGAGCUACGGGAGGGGCCGUUACCGUAGCCCAGGCUCGAGCAGGGGCCGUCACGGCAGUCGGCCGAGGGACGGCGGCGGCCGGAGCAAGGGGGUUUCCAGGCGCUACUCACGGUCGCGUUCUCGAUCGAACCGUAGGCACUAUGCCGGUCGCCACGAAGACGACGAAAGGCGCUAUCAGGGAAGGUACGAAUAUUUCCGGUACUCCCGUUCGCGCUCAGGAUCACCCCACUCACGGCUCAACGGAAGCAGCAGGGACAGUCGUCAUCGGCCGCACCACCGCCAACGCUCUGACAGUCGCCCGCGCUACUGCCGCCAUCCGUCCUCCUACGGUCACUACGGUCACAACGAGUGGUACAGUAGGGAGUGCUCGCCAAGCCGACAGCGCCGCAGCCUGAAGGACACUCCCAGAGACACCCGCAGACGUCACAGGAGUAGCGAUCGCGACGGCGGCGGUGGCGCGUGUGGGUAUCCUGCCCUGUCGCCCUCGGGAGAUAGCGGUCAGCACAGCCCACGACGGGGACGAUCCCGGUCGGAAUCCCGCCUGAAGGACAUGGGCAGCUCAACGGGCAGUGGGGCUAGGCAGCAAUCCACGGACGCUGCGACGGGCCCCAAGGGCGAUGUCUUCGAGGGUGACGAGCCCUUGGCAAAGCUUCGGGCGGCGAAGCUUGAGUUCGAGAUGAGCCGGACUGUGGGAGGACUGCGCCGGGUUGUCAGGGCGGACCGCGAAUGCAGCAGAACCCGCACCGGCAAGAAGCUGCAUGACCGGCUCAAGUAUCUCAAUGCUGCAGGCAUUGCGUACACGACGAUGACAAGGUGGUUGAAAGAGUUCGCCGCGUUCGAGGGUUACGACAACGACUAUCCCAUCAAAGCCGCUAGGAAGGGUUAGCCACACAUUUAGUAGAGCUAAUGUACAAGGGCUAUGACACCCUUGCCGUGGAAGUGCUGGGACGGUCGAGGUGUUCUCCGUGCCUCUGGCAGACUCUCGUCUCCUUGUGGCGUUUCUAGUGUGGCCGUAUUUAUCUCUUGGCAGUUCUUCGCUACGCAAAUGUGUUUUGGAUGCUACACAGGUUUGUUUGUGACUCGUAAUACCCGUGGACGGACGUCAAUAAGAGGCGCAUCCGACACGACAUUGUUGGGAACGGCCUGGCGCGCAGGAAGUGUUGAGUUUGCUGAGUAUCCUCGGCGUUGGGCAAUGGGGCGUUCGAAGCGCUUGAGUUUACAGCUUAUUAGUCUCACCCUAAAGUAUGGGAUAAUCAAAGUCGCCUCGUCGUGCGCUAGUUUGGAUUGCGGUAAAUCAGUGAGUUCGUACGUAGGUCUUCUCUAUGUUAUGUGGACUUUUUCUUUUUCCGUACGCUCUCGUGGGGUUAAUUCCCCAUAUUAGAUUGGCUAGUGGCUGUCGCGUUUGUCUAUGUUCCUUUGUGGAGGUUGGACGGGAUCAUGAGCGAAAUUCGGUUGACCUGUGCGUUUGGUAUAAUCUCCAGCCUGCGGGUUUUGGUGGGGAGGGGUUUAGCAGAAUCGCAUAUAUUGUUCCAAGGGUUCUGCCCCCAUCUGGAAGCAGGUGUUGGUCGUUGUUCUCGUUUUUUUGUGUAUUUUU